UGCCUUCUUGACCACUUCUUUCCCUUCCUCAACCAACCUGAAUCAACAUGGACAUCAUCCGUACGAGCGCCUCUCAUCUGUCGGAACAUGCGACACUCUACGUCGGCGCUGUUUCGUCGCUCCUUCUUUAUGCCGUGUACAAGGCAAUUCUAUACCCUCGCUUCUUUAGUCCGAUGCGAUCCUACCCCGGUCCACAGACACACUGGCUCUUUGGAAAUGUCUUUGACAUUCUGGGGAGCGAACCUGGGAGAAGCUAUAUGGAGUGGCACAAGCAGUACGGCCCUGUCAUCCGCACAAUUGCUCCUUUCCCUGGCUACGAAAAUAUCUCUUUCACCUCAUAUUCAGCGCUCAAGACGAUUCUUGUGGAUCGCGCUUACGACUUCCCCAAGCCAUCCUAUCUACGUGACCUUCUGGGAAUCGCGGCUGGGUACGGGCUCUUGACACUCGAGGGGUCAGAGCACCAAGAGCUUCGCCGUUGGAUGAAUCCUGCUUUUCGGCUCAAUUUUUUACACGAGCACUUCGAUAUUUACCACAAGCCCAUCUCAUCGCUCGUCGACAUCGUCAGCAAUGAUAUCAAGAGCAACGAGUCUAAAGAUGGCAAGGUCUUCGAAGUGACAAAGCUCAUCAACAGCUGUCUGAUGGACAUCAUCUGCCUAACCGCUUUUGGCUACGAAUGUGACAGUCUCCACAACGAAGAUCAGCCGCUUGCCAACGCAUAUCAUUCGCUUGUCAACCUACAAAAUCUUCCAAACUUGCUGACCUUUUUCGGAGUUGUCACAUUACCUGGAGGUGCACGCAUCGCAAAGUCGGCUGUACGAUCGAGCUGGGUCGGGCCUCUGCUGACACGCCUCAACGACUUGACGGGAAAUACCUUUUUGGGCCCAAUCGCAUCCUUCGUGCGGAAUAUGAGGCAGGUCAACGUCAUAUCGCAGCAACUCCUCAACGAGAAGCUGUCCGAGGCUCAUCAACUUCAGAAGGCUGGCAACUCCCUCGACGGCGGCAAGAUCGAUGUGCUGAGCCUCAUGGUGAAGGCCAGUCUUGACAAAGACAGCCCUUACAAGAUGGACGGUGAGGCUCUUUCGAGCCAGAUGCUUACAUUCCUGGGGGCUGGCCACGAGACGACGGCAAGCGGAGCAGCUUGGGCCCUGUGGGAGCUUGCAAGCCAUCGCUCGAUUCAAGAAAAGCUCCGUAAAGAAUGCCAGGAACUCAUUGCAAGGAACUCGACGCCGGGCUAUCAGGACAUCAAGCACCUUCGCUACCUCAACAAUUUUGUACAGGAAGUCAUGCGCCUUCGACCACCGACGCCGCAGACCGCAAGGCAAGCAGCCAAGGACUCCAUGGUGGACGGCGUAUUUGUUCCCAAGGGUACUGGUGUCUUCAUUGCCAGUCGCGUCGUCAAUGAAGAUGAGAAGAUAUGGGGAAGCGACGCCCACGAAUUCAAUCCAGAUCGUUGGGACGCUCUGCCAGAAAAGUAUGACUCUACAUUCUCCAUGCUUACCUUCAUCGCUGGACCACACCAUUGCAUCGGCCGCAACAUGGCUAUCAUGGAGCUCAAAGCUCUGCUCUGCGUUCUGGUCGCCAACUUUGAUUUCACUCCCGCUCAGGCCACACCAAAGGAGACCAGCGCCAUCACAAUGAAGCCAGAGGGGGGCCUAUACCUUCGCCUCAAGCGCCUCAAUCCUGCCGAUGUCCUCACACAGCAGUAAAGAUUCCAAGUAUCGACCGUUCUGAUCCCUGUAUAUGACCAAAGCCUCCGAGCUCUUUAUAUAACGAAUUCAUUCACUCGUGAC